CGAGGCGCGGGCAGAGGGUUGUUGGUGAGGGCUGGGAAGCUGCGGAGUAGGGGCACAUCCGCGGCCGUGGAAGGGGCUGGAUCAGGUCACGCGACACCAACUGCGGUGUGAGGUGCCGUAGCAGCCCGGGACAGCGCCCAGCCUGGGAGCAUGCUGCGGGAGGAGGAGUGAAGAGUCAUGGCCGCGCCGCCGCAUCAUUUCUCCCCUCUCACCAGGAGUUUCUCUCUUGACGGCGGAGGCCAGACUCCGCGAGGGAACAUGCAGCCGUUUCCCGGCGAUCAAAUACAGUUACCCAGGAAUAUGAUUGAAAACAGCAUGUUUGAAGAAGAGCCUGACGUUGUUGACUUGGCAAAAGAGCCUUGUUUACAUCCCCUGGAGCCUGAUGAAGUGGAAUAUGAGCCGAGGAGCUCACGGCUCUUGGUUCGUGGCCUUGGAGAGCAUGAAAUGGAUGAUGAUGAAGAGGAUUAUGAGUCAUCAGCAAAAUUGCUGGGGAUGUCCUUCAUGAACAGAAGCUCCAGUCUCCGGAACAACAUGUCUGUCUAUCGACAAAGUUCAAAUGGAUCAUGUUCACUGCCCUCUGCAAGGACCAUGGUGGUUUGCACAGUUACUCUUGUGAUUGCAGCCGCAUUAAUAAUGGUGAUAUAUCUUCUUCCAAAAUGUACCUUUACCAAAGAAGGUUGCCAUAAAAAAAAUCAUACAAUUGAACUAAUAUACCCCUUGGCAACCAAUGGGAAAAUAUUUCCAUGGGCAAAAGUUAGACUUCCUUCUGAUGUUGUACCACUGCAUUAUGAUCUUGUCUUGCAACCAAACCUAACUACUCUGAAAUUUUCAGGCUCUGUAAAGAUAGUGGUUAAUAUCAUCCAUGUAACUUGGAAGAUUGUACUUCACAGUUCAGGGCUUAAUAUCACCAAGGCAACUAUUACUUCAGCAGGAGGGCAUCAAGAAAAGCCAGCUGAAUUCCUGGAAUAUCCACUGCAUGACCAGAUUGCAGUCAUGGCUCCUGAGGCUCUCCUUGUAGGACAGAAUUAUACUGUCAACAUAGCAUAUUCAUCUAAUUUAUCAGAUACUUACUAUGGCUUUUAUAAAAUUUCUUACAAGGAUGAGAAUUCCAAGCAAAGGUGGUUUGCAGCAACUCAGUUUGAACCUGUGGCAGCAAGGUCUGCUUUUCCGUGCUUUGAUGAACCAGCAUUUAAAGCUACUUUUUUAAUCAAGAUCAAGAGAGAUGAGAAACUUUCCACUCUGUCAAAUAUGCCAAAGAAAGCCACUACUCCUGUGACAAAUGGAAUUGUUCAAGAUGAAUUUUUUGUGAGUUUGAAGAUGAGCACCUACCUAUUAGCCUUUGUUGUUGCAGACUUGAAAAACAUCAGUAGGGAAACUAAUGGGAGUCUGGUAUCUGUCUAUGCUAUACCACAGCAUCUAAACCAAGUUGAAUAUGCCCUAAACACAUCAGUGAAACUUCUGGCAUUUUAUCAAAACUACUUUUUAAUAAACUACCCUCUUGAAAAAUUAGAUUUGGUAGCAAUUCCUGAUUUUCAGUCUGGUGCAAUGGAAAACUGGGGCUUGAUCACCUUCCGAGAAUCAGCACUCUUGUUUGACAGUCAUACUUCUUCAGCAAGGGAUAAAAAGUCAAUAACCGCAGUGAUAGCACAUGAGCUUGCCCAUCAGUGGUUUGGCAAUCUGGUAACUAUGGAAUGGUGGAAUGAUCUCUGGCUGAAUGAGGGAUUUGCCACUUUCAUGGAGUACUUUGCCAUGGAAGAGAUUUUUCCAGAAUUACAUUCAGAUGAAGAUUUCCUUAAUUUGAUUUUCAAGGCUAUGAUGAAGGAUUCAUUGAAUUCUUCACAUCCAGUCUCCUCUGCUGUUCAGUCUUCAGAGCAAAUUGAAGAAAUGUUUGAUGCACUUUCUUAUAUCAAGGGCGCUUCACUUCUUUCAAUGCUGAAGCACUAUCUCACUAAGGAUGUUUUCCAAGCUGGAAUUGAGGUAUACUUGCAUAAUCACAAAUAUGGAUGUGCCCAGAGUGAUGACUUGUGGGACAGCAUGAAUGAGAUUACCAAUGGAACACUAGAUGUGAAAAAGUUGAUGAAAACUUGGAUUGUGCAGAAAGGAUUUCCUUUAGUCACUGUUGUCCGAAAGGGAAAGAUUAUUUCUGUAAAACAAGAGAAAUAUUUGUACCUCGUGGAACCAGAAAACUGGACAUCAGAUGCAAGUUAUCUGUGGCAUAUUCCUCUCACCUACAUAACUAGCAGCUGCAACUUUACCCAUUGUACUAAUGCAUACUUAUUGGACCAGAAGUCAGCUAUCAUUGAACUUCCAGAAGAGGUGGAAUGGAUAAAAUUCAAUGUGGACAUGAAUGGCUAUUACAUAGUACAUUAUGGUGAAGACUGGAAAACACUGAUUGAUCUUUUGAAAAAAAACCAUACUGCUUUGAGUCCUAAAGACAGAGCCAAUUUAAUCAACAAUAUCUUCAACCUUGCAGGUCUAGGAAAAGAGUCUCUGGAAAAGGCCUUUGAUCUGAUUGAUUACCUUAACAAAGAGAGCAGCACUGCACCACUCACUCAAGCUUUGUUUCAGCUGAGUCUUAUAUACAACCUUUUAGAGAAAAAGGGUGAACAACAACUGGCAGCACGCCUCAUGCACAGAGUAGAGCGCCUGCUUGGAGAUAAAAUUGAUCAACAGAGUUGGACAGAUGAUGGGGCCUUGUCUCAACGAGAGCUCCGGUCAACGCUGCUAGCUUUUGCCUGCACCCAUGAUAUAAGAAACUGUAGAACAACUGCCACUGAAAUGUUUGAGAAGUGGGUGAAUUCUAAUGGAACAAUGAGUUUGCCUAGUGAUGUUAUGAAAGCCAUAUUUACAGCUGGAGCCAAAUCUAAUGAUGGCUGGGACUUCCUCCUAAAGAUGUACUUCUCUUCAGUUUCUGAAGCAGAGAAAAGUAAAAUGAUUGAAGCCUUGGCCAGCACAGAAGAUGUCAGAAAGCUACUUUGGUUAAUGCAGAACAGCCUUGAAGGAGAAGUCAUCAGGACACAGGAGCUUUCACACAUCAUAGCAACUGUUAGCCAGAGUUUACCUGGAUAUUUGUUGGCUUGGGACUUUGUCAAAGAGAACUGGGAAAAGCUUACACGAAAGUUUCACCUAGGCUCAUACACUAUCCAGAAUAUCAUUAGCUGGUCGACUUCUCAGUUUGCAACAAAGGCACACCUGAUUGAGGUGAAGUCAUUUUUUGAGUCAAAAUCGGAGCAGAGUUCUCAAUUGCAUUCUGUGAAAGAGGCAAUUGACACAAUUCAGCUUAACAUCCAGUGGAUGGAGAGGAACUUAGCAAUGCUACAAGAACUACUGUAGUAUGUCAUGCUGUGGUGUCAGCCUUUUGAAGCUCUAUGGGCAGUUGCUGUAUUUCUUUUGCAAAAGCUGGGGUUAAACCAGGCAUCACUGCAACAUUGCACUAUUAAAGAGUCUAGAUAGCUCAGGGCAUGCCUCAGAUCUUUAUUUUCCUUGGAACAUUAAUGAGCAAGAUGUAUUUAUUCUGAAACUGUUUCCAUCUAUAGACCAAAUAUCUGCACAAAUGAUUUAAUAUAAUUUUAUAUUUGAAACAUAUGCUCUUUCAUUUGGAGCUGUGUUGUGCUUCCUUAGCAGUGGGUUAAUAUUGACAGAAAGAAGGAAUGAGUUACCAUGAACUGCUAUUUCUUUGCAGACUGCUUCUUGAGCAGUAGAUUUUUAUAAUGUAAAACUGUAGGUGGUUUCCACAUUUGUACAUAGAAGCUGUUAUCAAACAAAAUCAUACUUCAGAUGCAUAAGUAAUAGUGGAUCUUAUAAAGUACACCAGUUUGAGGUGAAAUUAAAUAAGGUUCUGAUUUAAGUUUGGAUUUUUUAUUUUCACACAGUAGUCUUCAGGAAAUAAUAAUAUCUCAUGCUGGUAGUAUACACUUUAGUGUAUGAAGUGGCUGGGCAGUAGUGUGGAAAAGAAAAGCCAGAUAGCAAAACCAACUGUUACAAGAGAUGGGAUUUCCAGAAAUGCUGAUGUGACUUUGGAACUUUUACUCUGAAUUUAUUAGACAUUUUUGAGAAUCUCAUCCUGAAUCAUUGAACUUUAACUGCAACUGCACAAAACUGCAUUUCUCCAGGUUGGUUCACCUGUUAGAAUGUCUACUGUUUUGUGCCCUUUUGACUACUGAUUCUUAGUUUCACCAUUUGUUCCAGAGGGUCCGCAAUUAAUAGCUAUGUCAGCCAGUUUGUUUUGUAAACUUUUGUUUUUAAAUUGCCUAAUAACUCACAUAUCACAGUAUACUUUGUGAACUUCGCUCACUCUUUCUGACAUCACCUUUAGGAAAUCUUCCAUUUAGUGAUUUGUUCUACUGUUGUGAAAAACCUUUUGAGACAAAUCUCCAAAGUCUUUUAAAGAAAAUGAUCCAAAACACGAAUGUGCUACAUUAAAAAGGUGAAAUACCUACUGUGCAAUCUUAUCUGUGUCAAAAUCAGUGAAAAAGGCAUUUUUGAGGUAUAACAUAUACAACACAUGCAAGUGUAAACAUACCUUUUUAUCUGGAGAUUUGUUCUUACUUAUUUCAUUACCAAUACACCUUUUGUGGAUUCAUGCAAGCAGAUUCAGAAGUGUUACUGUCUUAUCAUUGUCCAGUUAUGUGGCCAGUUAUAAACUACAAUGAAAGCACUAACAAUCAGAAGUUGUACUAUUUUAAUUAAGCUAAUUUAAGCUACAUUAAAUUCUGAAGGACAUAAUAGUUUGAAUUAAAGUUAAAUUAAUGGACUUAAAAAUUUAUCACAGGGGAACUUAAAUUGAAUGCUUUAGUUAAUGAAACCGCAGCAUUGUUUGUUAAUUUGGUUAGCAAAAAUUGUAAGCAAUGAUAGUUUAGGCAUUAACAUACUUCUCCCAUUUUUUCCUGAAUAUCUGUGAAAAAACCUGGAAAAGAAAUGCCUAUUUUUUUCAGCUCACAUUAGAAUUACGGAUGUCAUUUUUUAACCUUGAAAUUACCUGAAAUAAUGUUAGAUCUUAAUAGCGUGUAGAGACUUGUUUGCUUAAAAGGCCCAGAAAUGAGUGAUUUUUACAGGCACCGAAGAAGGAACUGGCAGUAUGAACACUGAAAAUAAAUGGUACUUCCUUGUAAAUUAUGGAAUUAGAACUGUAAUUAAGUAUGUUCUGGGAAUUUUUGUACUGCCAUGUGUUACAGCUUCGUGUCCUUGUUUAUUCAAAAUCUUUGGAAUCUCUACAGAAUCAUGAGUUCCAUCUUUGCAUAUUUGUAUAUAAAUGUCAUCUCUCUUUCUAAUCAUGUCUUCAUUUUAAAUGAGAAGUCAGUAGUAAACUUUAAUUUUUCUCUCUCUUCUAUUCCCUCACAAGUAUUUUACCUCAUUCCUAACUGCAGUACUGAGGCAUACAAAAUUCAAAAUGGAAACUGUGGAAGAUCUCAUCUUCUAUCCUGAUUUUGUUGUGGGGAUUUAAAAAUAUUAUUUUGCUCAAAUGCGUUAAUGACAGUUAUUAAAGCUGAGUUUUGGACAACAGUCUUUGCCAAGAAACUCUGGAAAGUUGGGGAAGUUGUGGAGGCAUUGUUGAAUAAUGUUUCAAUUUACUGUUUGUAUAUGCAUACUUUUGGUAUGUCAGGUAUAGAGAUUUUAACAAGUCUUUUUUGGCAUGGAGUCUCUGACCCUAUUAAAAACUGUGCUGGAGUCCUUCCAUGAGAAA